ACAGAAGACAAGAAUCCAACACCAGAACCCGCAGUAUAACCUAGCGGCCACGGAAUCAAGAGCAUGGAGUUAUUGGCGGCCAACGGCACCUGGCUGUCCAAUUCCGAGUCGUCCGUGGAAGACGACGAUGACCUUCCGGAUGACUACGACUAUGAAGAGUCCGCCACCCGCUACGACCUAGCAGACCUGGUGCCCACAGCGACGGUGUACGGUUCCACGCUGCUGCUCGGCCUGGUAGGGAACCUGCUCAUCGUGUACACUGUGGCCAGAUUUCAGCGUAUGCGCAGCAUCUCCAACAUCUUUCUCGCCAGUCUGGCAACGGCGGACCUCCUCAUCGUGCUGCUCUGCAUCCCCGUCAAGUUUGGCCAGCUGUUCUCGUACACGUGGACGCUGGGAGAGUUCGGGUGCAAGUUCAUCCUCUACGUCCAGCACGUGUCCAUGAUCUGCUCCGUGCUCAACCUCACCUUCCUCAGCAUCGAGAGGUACUACGCGGUUAUCCAUCCCGUGCGGUCCCGGUAUUUGUGCACCUUCAGCCAAGCACGGAGAGUCAUCAUCUUCAUCUGGCUCUCGGCGUUCCUCACAGCACUGCCCAUAAUAUUCGUCCAGGUUCACGUGGAGAUGGGGCUCCACCGGACGGCGUACUGGUGCAUGCGCGACGAGGACAACCCGACCACGUGGCGCUCCUUCGAGAUCUACAUGCUCAUCCUGGUGCUCUGCGUCCCCGCCCUGGUCAUGAGCUACACCUACUCCAAGAUCUGCUUCCAGCUCUGGAUGGUCGUCCGAGAGAGGGCAAACCUCACCUCGGGGACCCUGGUUUCCACCGAGAUGACGGAGAAGACCGGCACGGGAGCAAAGAAGGAGCUGGUUGCCACGUUUUCCAGCAACGGGGAGCACAGGACUGCCAAACCGUCGCGAGCCGACGAGGACACAGUUAGGCAGGUCAUCAAGAUGCUCAUCCUCGUCGUGGCCCUGUUCGUCAUCUGCUGGGCCCCCAUCUUGAUCCUGAACGUCCUGACGGCGUUCGGUGGCGUAACGACACUCAACUACAGCUACCUGAAGCCCCUCCGGACGACGUUCCACCUGCUCUCGUACAUGAACAGCUGCGUGAACCCUCUGGUCUACGGCUUCAUGUCCAAGAGCUUCCGCAACAGCUUCAAGGACGCCCUUCUGGGCUGCCUUCGGCCCAACCGGUCCCAGUUUGUGGCGCGUGGUACGACGAGACUGAGCCGUACCAGGACAACCAGCGUCAGCAUCGGCAGGUCCACAUAUGUCACGUGACGUCGGCCUUGUCAUCCGGACAACGUGCGGUGCAUUCGCUGGUCAAACACCACCAGUUUGUAAAGAACUGCGCCGGAGGCAUGACUUGCCGAUGGUGGGAAGGAGUCUCUUGAUUAUGUAUAGUAUAGUGACGCCACCCUGUAUGCAAGGCCAUCAUCCAGAGUGUGGCAAUUUUUUUACAACGGAUACGUCUGUAUAAUCCACUGUCUGUAACAGGUCUUCAAUCAUGGGCAUUCUUGUGAAUAACUGAGACGCGCUCAUUCAUCGCCUGCGAUGUGACAAGGCCGCUGAUCUAUUUGUCUACGUCAUUUACAAGAGGCCAGCGCGGCACAUAAAUUGGGCUCGUGUGUUGCAUCAGAUCUCGGCCAGAAUCGUAUUCUCACUGGUUGAACCAAAGCCUCAUCCGAACGCUAAAGAAGCGCUCGUCCCAAUCUGUGUCCUUCGCGGGCCUUUGACAGUUGACAAAGAAACCCCAGUCCUAAUCUCUUGUUAUCUGGGAGCUAUUGGUUCAUUGCGGCUUACAAACUUUUUCUACAACUUCGUCGAUCCAAUCUGGAGUCGCCUAACACUCGCUUCCCUAUGUGACAUUGCGGCGUUCACUCUAUACGUAAAAAUGACAUAUUUUCUACGGAACACUUUGCAUCGAAAUGCGUGGUAUGGGCUUUUCUGAAUGUUCCGUUUAAGGAAUGCGUUUCAAAUAUUGCGACGGUCCUGUAUCCCCGUCAAGUUCGAACUGGGGGUUCAGGUGUCACUAUAGUUUUCAAGUUCAGAAAUUGUGCGUUUUAGUGGCAUAGGGUGCGGUAGUACAGCCUUCAUUCACUUUCCACCUAGCGAAAACCCCGUAGUGCCGUUUAACCUGUAUCACAAAGAGAAGCUCGCCAAGCUCUGUCAACCAAGCCAUCCAUGGAAAAAGCACAGGCAGGCUUCACUGAAGUUGAGAGCAGAAAAAUCAUAUCGCGAUAUCGAGGCUCGUGCAUUUUCUGUUAUUCUAGAUAACCGCAUCGAAGAAGAAAAGCAUCUGGCGCUACAAGUUGAUGGGACCCGGUAAAGAGCACCAAAAGUGCAUGGCACUGGGCCUUCCCUAUGCGUGAUUGGUUCAGGUAUAAUACAACACAGAGAAACAUGACUAACACCAUGUUGGUGAACCAAGGACGCUAUUUGAUUGCUCCCACCGUCCGGAAUUAACAUAAUAUUAAGUACAAUGUAUCAAGCCCUGAUUGCCUCCUUUUAUAUCUAUAUUGGAAGGCAUAUUUUUAUAUGUCCUUAAGCUCAGUCAAGGCGGAAUAGUCAAUCUACGUGAGGAUAACUUUCUGGUAUAUGUGAGCGGUGGUCUUGGUCAGCAAACCAGCACGCAGUGCAGUGAUGAAGGUCGUAACAGAUGUUACCGCAUCGACCGCCUAUCAGGCACCACACUGUGUAGCAUAGUAUUUGACAGAUAUUGUUGAAGAAUGUCUUCUGUAACUGGUACUGUGUGGCAACGCAAGGUAUCAAAGAUGAACACCUGGAAGUCUAUGCAAGACGGCUGGACGAGACGGGACCGGAACAUCACCGUCUGCUGCGAUUGGUCAGCGGCGGGGAGCUGACCAAUUGCAGCAGGCGGCGAUGUUCCGUUCCUGUCUCAUCCCGCCGUCUUGCAAAGCUCUCCUUGUAAAGUUGUGGUACUUCCGAAUGGCCCUUGUGAGAGAAAAAGCACGUUAUGUCCCGGUUUUAAGAGCUUCGCCGUUUUGUCAGUUCUUCGGUCACUCCGUGUUUUCUUUGAUGUUUUUAUAUGUUUUAGUGCUUUACAUCUUCUUAUUUUGUGCUUUCAUCUUGCCUAAUUUAAAAAUAAAUGUUCGUCCUCGUUAGUAUUGGCAUGAA